AGGUCAUGUUUCAAAUAAAAUCUUCGGCUUGCUUGAUACUAGCAAUUUCGCUAUUUGUCACAUCCACUUUGGGCAAUAGUUAUGAUCAUCCUAAAUUUAAGCGAAGCAGUUCUGGCACUAAUGUAGCUACCCGCAAGUAUAUUGUUGAAUUAGUUCAAGCUCCCAACGUCACUGUGAAUUCAUUCAUUGAUUUCACUAACUCUCACUCAGAUAAUGUACGCAUUCAACGCACCAUCUCUCACAAAUUUUUGAAUGCUGUAUCAAUUGGCAUUAAGGAGGAUAAUAUCGAGAAAGAGCAUACUACCUUGAAGCUAAUCCUGGAUCAUAUGGAUGUCCAAUCUGUCUCCCCUAUCCAAAUUUACCAGUCUAGUCAAAUUGAUUCUAGCAAGAGCCAAUUAUCCGCACAUGAGGUGGAUCUCGUGUCCCCUCAUCGUUUUUCACAAGUAGAUAGAGUUCAUAGUGAGCUUAAAUUAAGAGGCGAAGGUGUUUUUAUUGGUAUCAUUGAUACAGGUGUUGAUUACACGCAUCCAGCAUUAGGCGGAGGCUUUGGUCCUGGGUUUAAGAUCGAAGCUGGCUAUGAUCUUGUUGGAGACAACUAUACUGCAAAUGGAGAUCCUCAGGAGAGUUCUACCCCACUCGAACAAUGUCCUGAGACUUCUGGAGCUAGUGGUCAUGGCACUCACGUUACCGGGAUCAUUGGGGGUUACGAUCCAUUAACUAAUUUUACGGGUGUUGCCCCAAGAGCAAGACUAGGUCAUUGGAGAGUUGGUGGCUGUGCGGAUCAAUUAGCAUCAGAUGCCAUUCUAAAAGCAAUGACAAUGGCUCAAGAAGCUGGUGUCCAUAUUAUUAGUAUGAGUCUUGGAUCGGAUCAGCCAUGGGCUGCAUCUGGAACAUUGGAUAGUAAAUUGUUAAAAAAUAUUGUUGAUAGUGGUAUCAGUGUAAUUGUUUCUGCUGGCAAUACGGGAUUCAGAGGUGCUUACACUGUUAUUCAUCCUGCUACUGCCCCAGGUGCAUUUUCAGUUGCUUCUGUUGAUAAUGAAUAUCAUCAAUUCGAUUGUUCUUUCAGUGUCCAGGGAAUUUCUACUCAGAUCCCUUGUAAUUUACCCAAAAACUCCACUACCAGUGUUAAAGAUAUCAAACCUUUGAUCGAUGGUAUUAUUACGCUUCCCAGAGAUGAUGCUGUUCAUGCUUGUGGACCCGUUGAUUUGAACGUAAAGGGGAAAGUUGUAUUGCUUGGUAUUGGUGUCUGUGAUUUUAUACUACAAAUGAAAAAUAUUUACGAUGCCGGUGCUGUUGGAGCUAUUGUAUAUGAGACGACUGAAAGGAGUCAUAUAUAUGAUAUUGAAAUGCAUCCUUACCUUCCAUUUGUAUUUAUUUCACACAGUGACAGUGUUUCCAUUAUUAAAGGCAUGACAACCAACACACUGGUCAAGUUUUCGAGAGACCUCCCUUCAUAUUUAUUUAAAAAUGAAAAGUAUGCAACAACAGCUUCUUGGUUUAGCUCUGUAGGACCUACCGGUGACUUGGAUCUGAAUCCUCAUAUUGCUGCUGUUGGACAAGCUUUUUACUCUACAAUCCCUACAAACCGAGGGUCUUACGAAUUUCUGGAUGGUACUUCGAUGGCAUGUCCGUAUGUAGCUGGAUCAAUUGCAUUGUUUAUUCAGCAAAAUGGUGUUGGCAAAGUUCCUCCCAGGGUUGUCUAUGAAAAGUUUCAAAAUUAUGCGUUUCAACCAAAUGUUUUUAACCGAACCAGUGGUUUCCUUGAUAAUCCUCUUCGUUCUGGUGCUGGUGCCGUUCAAGUUUACGAUACCAUUACACAAGCUGCUCAUGUUACGCCUGGUCAAAUCAGCUUCCGAGAUUCGUCUACUACAGAUGACAAGACUCAGACACUCACAAUUACAAAUCAUGGUUUAGAAGCUGUUACUUAUAGACUUUACAACAAUGCCUCUGUUGCUAUUGUACCUUAUAACAGAACCAAUUCUGGUUAUAAACUGUUGGCACCUGCUACCAAUACAAAUGAGCCUGCCCAAAUCGAUUUCUCUGCUUCUGAGCUUUAUUUAGCACCUGGCCAAAGCGGAUCUGUUAAUGUCACUGUUCACCCACCUAAAACAGACCCUCUUGAUCAUAUCAUGUAUGGUGGUUAUAUUCAAUUCUAUCCCAGCACAGUAGGUGCCAAAGCUUUGCAUGUUCCUUAUUUUGGUAUUGUUGGUCGUCAAAAUGAUAUUCCCGUAUUUCAAGUCAACAGCAAGGAUUUUGCAGUAGCAUUAAGAGGUGAACCAACAGUAACCUACAACAUUACAGACACUAUAGUACUCAAGGACAGUUCUUGGGUGGUCGGCGUAAAGUAUGUGGUUUCGGUUCCUACUAUCGUAAUUAAGAAGGAAAUUUUAUUGGGUCAACAAGUUCUGGGACAGGUACAGCCAGUCCAGCUAUAUAACAGUGCAACAGUGCCAGGUAUACCUGAAAGGUUAUCAUGGAAUGGCGAAUAUUUUAAUGCCCCUCUCGAUCUCUCCUCAAAAUUAGGACCAACGAAAGAAACUUCAGGCGAAACCGAGACAUUUAAAGUAUCCAAAGGAACAUAUCACAUUCGUGUUAGUGCUUUAAAAUUACUAGGAGAUAUGAAUAACGUUGACGAUUGGGAUACGUUUACAGUUGGUCCCCUUAUUGUACAAUAG